GCGAUCUGCCCACUGCGUGCCGGACCCCUUGCCAGCUUGCUAAGCCUCGCGGCUGACAGAGAAAGCCAGCACACAGGGCUGUGUGCGAGCGAAACGCUGCCAACCAUGGCUGCGGCGAUCGCGAAGAAGAGGGCUCUGCAGCUGACGAACGUUCUAGAAAACGGGGAAACCGAGUUCAACUUCGGCUACGCCAAGAGGAUGAGCGACGGRAAGGGAAUCRCGUUCGGRUGCCUGAGGUGGAGGACAGGAUUUGGAGAUGGGYUGUCUAUCAUCCAGUCGUAYGCUCGGGCGAAGCCGGGAACGGCGCUGGCCAGGUACUUGCCGGCGAUGGAGGCGAUCAAAAGGAGCAAGGAGCCCGGCAAGCUGACGGGGAUGGACGGGUUCGAAGCGGCGGUGUCYCAGGCGGCAASCCGGGAUCCCAUCUUCAGAUCCAUCCAGAGAGACGAAGUGGACGAGCUUUAUUGGCUGCCUUCGCAAGGUCGGGCGCAAUCGCUGGGCCUGCGAUACGACUUAUCAAAGAGCCUGCUUUACGACACGUGGGUGCAGCACGGUCAGGAGGACAAGCCCGGUCGUGCCGCACUCGGCACAGACACCAUCAUCGAGAUGACAAACAACGCCACGUCACGUCCCGCAGGGCGAGGCGGAGCUGCCGAGCGCGAUUGGGUGUUGGCAUUCUUGGACAGCAGGCAAUACGCCCUGGCCACUGCCCAAGGACUGUGGAGGAACUGGCGAUCGACGGUCAAGAGGAUCGACGUCUAUCGUCAGCUCAUUGCCGCUGGAGCGUGGAACUUCGACCGUCCGAUCGUUCUCGGUUCGGCACCACGGAGCAGCAACUCAUGGAACGUUGCGGAGAGCUCCUUCGGCAAUCACUGCAUCUCUUGAAAUGCAAUCGGCAUGCGUUAGUAAUGUAAUGCCUAUCUAUCUG